AUGGCACCCGCUCACCUUCGGAAGCCGCCGCAAGCCCCGCCUGUGUUUACGGCGACGGCCCAAUCCAUCGUCGCUGACGCCGAGCGUCUGAUUAGUACUUCCCGCGGGAUCCAGGAUAAGGUCGUUGCGGAAGUGAAACCCGAUAGCGCCACGUUUGACAAUGUUCUUUCUCCGCUCACUCAGGAUGAGAAUGUUAUGGCGCUAGAGGCGCAUAUUCUGGGAUUCUACCAGGCGGUUUCGACGGACCAGAAGCUCCGCGAUGCUUCCUCCAAGGCGGAAGAGCUGAUGGAUGAGUUCUUCAUUGAGUCGGUCAUGCGGGAGGAUGUGUUUGGGUUGGUUGAUGCCGUCCUCAAGCGCAAUGAGUCUCUCGACCCGGAGUCGCGCCGUCUGCUGGAGAAGGAGCACAAGGACUUUGUUCGCAACGGGCUGGGUCUGCCCGCGGGCCCGCAGCGGGACCGCUUCAAGGAGAUCAAGAAGCGACUGAGCCAGCUGAGCAUCGAGUUCCAAAAGAACCUGAAUGAAGAGAACGGCGGGCUUUGGUUCACCCCCGAGCAGCUGGACGGUGUGCCCGAUGACGUCCUAUCCGGUCUGAAGAAGGGCGAUGGGGAGAAUGAGGGCAAGCUCUGGCUGACCUUCAAGUACCCGGACCUGUUCCCCACGAUGAAAUAUGCCACCAACUCCGACGUCCGGCGACAGGUCAUGGUCGCCAACGAGAACAAGUGCAACCAAAAUGUGCCGCUCUUCCGGGAAGCCAUUGUGCUCCGGGACGAGGCCGCCCGUCUGCUGGGCUACCCGAACCAUGCUGCUUUCCGUAUCGAAGACAAGAUGGCCAAGACCCCGGAGACGGUCAAUACGUUCCUGGGUGAUCUGCGGACCCGCCUGACAGCCGGUGGGCGGCAGGAGCUCGAAAAGCUGAUGGAGCUGAAGAAAGAGCUCGACCCCAAGUUCGAUGGCCGCUACUACUUGUGGGACCACCGGUUCUAUGAUCGGUUGAUGCUGGAGCGGGACUACCAGCUGGACCAGCAGCUCAUUGCCGAGUAUUUCCCGUUGUCGACCACCAUCGAGGGGAUGCUCAAGAUCUUUGAAGAGCUUUUCGGUCUCGAGUUUGUGGAGAUCACGGGCGAUGACCGCGCUGCGGUGGCUCCGACUGGCAAGGGCGACGACAUUGUCUGGCACGAAGAUGUGCAGGUGUUCAGUGUGUGGAACGAUGAGGGUGAAGGCAGUGGCUUUGUCGGCUAUCUGUAUCUGGAUCUGUUCCCGCGGGAGGGCAAGUAUGGCCACGCCGCCAACUUCAACCUGCAGCCGGGAUUCCUCGACAAAGACGGUAACCGCCGGUACCCAGCGACCGCGCUAGUGUGCAACUUCACCAAGCCAACACCCAAGAAGCCGAGUCUGCUGAAGCACGACGAAGUGGUCACCCUGUUCCAUGAGUUGGGGCAUGGCAUCCACGACCUGGUGUCGCGGACGACGUACUCGCGGUUCCACGGGACCAACACGGUGCGCGACUUCGUCGAGGCGCCUAGCCAGAUGCUGGAGAACUGGUGCUGGACGCCGUCCCAGCUGCGGGCGCUGAGUCGACACUACUCGACGCUGACCCCGGAGUAUCUGGCCGGAUGGACCGAAGCACAGCAGGCCCGCAGCGGCGGCAAGACUGCCACCGGCCCCCCACCCGAGCGCAUCCCGGACGAUGUGAUUGCGAACCUCAUUCGCACCAAGCAUGUCAACGACGCUCUGUUCAACCUCCGCCAGCUGCAUUUCGGAAUCUUCGACAUGACGGUGCACGAGCCGUCGAGCCAUGCCGAGAUUGAGGGUCUGCCGCUGUCGGCGACGUACAACAAGCUGCGCCACGAGAUCACGCAGAUGGACGGGCCCGAGGCGCUGGGUGGAGGCGAUGAAUGGGGUCACGGCGAGGCGACCUUUGGGCACUUGAUCGGCGGGUACGAUGCGGGCUACUACGGGUAUCUCAGCUCGCAGGUGUACUCGACGGACAUGUUCUACACGGUGUUCAAGGCCAACCCGAUGGAUCCCCAGGCUGGUCGGCGCUACCGGUACCAGGUGCUGGAGAAGGGUGGCAGCCAGGAUGAGAUGCAAACGCUGACGGAAUUCCUGGGUCGGGAGCCGCAGACCACGGCCUUCUACCAGGAUCUAGGACUAGCCUAG